CGGCAGCGACGGUCCUUGCGCGGGGCGAACUUUAACCUGUGACACACGCCUAGCUCCUUCCUCUUCCGGUUUCGGCGACAGCAGCUUCAAAAUGGUGCAGCGCCUGACUUACCGCCGUAGGUUGUCCUACAACACCGCCUCCAACAAAACCAGACUGUCCCGGACACCAGGUAACCGCAUCGUGUACCUGUACACCAAGAAGGUCGGCAAGGCCCCCAAGUCAGGAUGUGGCAUCUGCCCAGGAAGACUGCGUGGAAUUCGGGCUGUUAGACCUCAGGUUCUGAUGAGACUCUCCAAGACCAAGAAGCACGUCAGCCGGGCCUACGGAGGCUCCAUGUGCGCCAAGUGUGUCCGCGACAGGAUCAAGCGUGCUUUCCUGAUUGAGGAGCAGAAGAUCGUCGUCAAGGUGCUGAAGGCACAGGCACAGAGCCAGAAAUCUAAGUAAACUGUGUAUUUGUAUUGCCACAAUAAAAAAACGACAAACAUCAA